UUGAACCACAAAUUGGGAUCAUGUAUACUGUGCAAAUGCCUAUACAAAAAAAAAUGAGCAAUGUACAAUACAGCGAACUUCGCAAACGAGGGAUUUGUUGUAUGCACACGGGGGCCGCCAUAAAAUUAUAAAUUAAGGUAGCUAGUCCGGUGUAGCUCAGGUGAUAGAGUAUUUUGGAGGCGCAUGGGCACCAGCGUCGGGGAGUUCUUUUCCCACGAGGGACCAAUAAUGAAACAAGUAUUCAAAUGUAUGCACUCACCACUGUACGUUUGUUAAAUUACGUAAAUGUAACGUUGGCUAGCAUUUUCAAGAAAAGUAUUGUUACAUACAUACAUACUACCUGUAUGUAACAUUUAAAGAAACAGCUUAGUCAGUGAAUAUACUUUUAUUUUUGAUUUUUUUACAUAACUAAAAUUCCUCACUGUCGUCUCUGCAGACCAUUACUAAUGUCCGAUAACCCAAACGACAUAUUGAGUGAAACGUUUCGAAACCCCCACUUCUCCAUAUAGUUCACUUGAAACGUUCACUCUUUUCGAAAAUUCCACUUUUCCUGAGAGAUGCGCUGCACUGAGAGAUGACAUAGCAGUAGGUGGCAGCAUAGAGACCCUGAGGGAUGACGACUCUUGAGAUGAUGUCGCAGCAGCUGGAACCCUCUCGCCAGAAACGUGGCGUCACUGAAAAAUACUCUCGGCUGCAACUAAAACAGUAUUGAACCAUGUCAACGUUUGCUGACGAGACUGCAGCAGAUGUGCCCGUUAAAGACAUCACCCUAAACCUCACUAAGGUUGGAGUGGGAUUAUCAGAGAUGCUGGUAGCCCAGAAUGCCCGGGCGAGGCAGGCGAUCUUGCGGGUGAGCAGGGAGGAGCUGGAGGACAGGUUCCUACGGCUCCAUGAGGAAAACCUGCUCCUCAAACAACACACACACAAACAGGAGGACAAAAUCAAGAGGAUGGCCACCAAGCUGGUGCGCUUGGUGAAGGACCGUCGGCGUGUGGAACAAGUGGCUGUAGGUGGGGUGCGACCAGGGAGUCGGGACGUGGAGCUGGAGGAGAUGAUGGAAGAGCUGCAGGAGAAGGUCCAGGAGCUGCAGAUGCAGAAUGAGGGCCUGAAGCAGCGCCUGUUGGCCGCCAAACAGCAGCUGCAGACGCAGAGCAAACGGCCCACCCCCUAUGGCCAUGUCCAAUCACGAGUCAAUACAGGCCUGUGGAGGCUGAGGGAGGACACGUUCAGCCUGGCUCAGCUACCCCCUGCUGCCCCCAGAGGCCCUAGAAGUGUGGAGGUGGAGAUGAGUGUCAGGGCCCCUCAGGGUCUGCUGCCCAGAUACGGACACAGUUUGCUGGACGACGCCAGAGCUGAGAUCCGCAACCUUGAGAAUGUGAUUGAGACUCAACGGUCUCACAUAGAGGAGAUGGACAAAGCUGCAGAGCUGCUGAGGGACCAGCUGAGGAGGAAGGAGAGAAAAUUUGAGGAGUCGCUCCUCCACCUGCGAGAGCAGCAGACCACUGGGCAGAGAUCUACUAUCAAGGACAAUGUGGAGAUGAUCAGGUUGCAGAAGCAGCUUGUUGAGAAGGGCAACGCGUUCACUGUGCUCGAGGGACGAUUCCUACAACUCCAAGAGAGUCAGAGGACCCUGAAGGUCAGUCAUGAAGCUGUGAUGGCCAAGGUGGAUGAGUUAAUGGGCCAGCUGAAAGACGAGCGACUGAGGAGUCUGGGCCUGGAGAGCCAACUACAGGCCAACUCAUUCUCACAGAGAAGGACAGAGGAGUUGCAGGAGCAAAUCUUUGACCUGGAGAAGGAGAGAGUGUUGCUGAAGGAGAACUGUGAUAAACUGGUGAACAGUGCUUUCGAUGUAAGCCAGGAUCAGACAUUUAGGAUGCGGGAGCAGCAGCUGAAACUACAGAUAGCCCAGCUAGAGUUGGCACUGAAGUCGGACCUGACGGACAAAAACGAGAUUCUGGACAAGAUCAAGGUUGAAAGAGAUAUGAACGAAAAAUUGAGCCAAGAAAAGGAAGACAUUCAGCUUCGGUUCCUGGAACAAAAGCAGCAGUUAGAUGAAAUAAGGGAUCGAAUAAAGUUUUACACCAAGGAGAGUGAGGUUGAUGUGGCAGAACUCACUGAGGCACUGAUGCUAAUCAAGGUGCGUAAGUCCCAGAGGAGUGGUGAGCUGGGCUUCCUGGAGGAGGAGGUGCGUAGCGACACGGAGCACUCCGUGAGGGAGCUGCAGGCCACGCACGCUGAGACCAUCCAGGAGCUGGAGAAGACCAGGAACAUGCUCAUAGUCCAGCACAAGAUCAACAAGGACUAUCAGGCGGAAGUUGAAGCGGUGACGCGUAAGAUGGAUGACUCCAAACUGCAGUUCGAGCUAAAGUUGGAACGCCUUGCCCAGCUGCUGGACAUGAGGGCUGCCAAGAUCAAGAAACUAGAGGCCCAACUGAAAGACAUUGCCUACGGCACCAAAUCACACGUUUUCAAACCCGAGGUUACCGACGACGACAUAGCCGACGAGUUUGACGAGACCGUACACCUAGAGCGUGGAGAGAACCUUCUGGAAAUCCACAUCGGCAUGGCGACCCUCUCCCCAGUCGCCCUGGAGACACUGAGCGACCGCGAGCCCUCCACCUUCUGCACCUACGCCUUCUACGAUUUCGAGCUGCAGGCUACACCCGUAGUCAGGGGAGCCCGGCCGGCGUACGGCUUCACGUCGCAGUACGUGGUGAGGGUGGACGAUCUAUUCCUGCAGUACCUCCACACAGGUUCGGUGACGCUGGAGCUGCAGCUGGCCCGGGGCAUGGACUUUACGACUGUGGCUGUGGGGCAGCUCAGGCUGUCGCAGCUCCUAGAGAACGACAGCAAAGCCCAUGGGAUCGUACAGCUGGUUGGUGUGGCUGGCGAGGUGCAGUCAUUUGGCUCUGUGGAGUACUGGGUGAGGCUGCGGGUGCCCAUGGAGCAGGCCAUUCGGCUGUACAAGGAGAGAGUGAAAGCCCUGGGCUACCUCAGCUCUGCUUUCAAUGCGGAACAGCAGGUGUCAACCUCAACCCUAACCCCCCAUUCAGUGUCAGCCGACGGAGGCAUGAACCUGAAUGAGCUCAACGUCACUGUCCGAUGCUGCAGCAACCUGACCUCUCGCCAUGCCCACCCACCCAGCCCCUACGUGGUCUACCAGUUCUAUGACUUCCCUGACCACGACACCUGCAUCGUGGGCGACUGCAGCGAGCCUCAGUUUGAGGACAACAUGUCCUUCCCAGUGGCCAUGGAGGCAGAGCUGGACAGCUACCUGAAGGCAGGGGCUCUGCUGCUCUACGUGUUCGAUGACCACGAUAUCCAGAUUGAGAUGUACCUGGGCAAGGCCAGGGUGCCCCUCCUGUCUCUGGCCCACGACAAGGCCAUCACUGGUACAUUUGAGCUGACUGACCCGUCCGGCCUCCCCAGUGGCCAUAUUGAUGUGAUGCUGAAGUGGAAGUUCACCUACCUGCCUCCUCCUGGCUCUACAAUGACAGUUGAACAGGCCAAGUUUGUACCCAAAGAGAGACCAGUGAAGCUAACAACACGAAAGGUAGAGGAGAAGAAGGUGGAAGUGGAGGAAAAGAGGAGAGAGGAGGAGGAGGAGAAGAGGGAGGGGAAGAAAGAGGAGUUGAGGAUGGUGGUGAAGGAAGAGAAAAGGGCCAAAGCUUUAAUUCCUCUUCCUACUACUUCAACUGCAUCCGAGUUGCCGUUACCAAAACCUAGACUACGGACCUUGGUGAAAGAAAAAACGGCAAGCAAAAAAGUCUCAUUCGUAGAUGUCACAGCACCCAGAAAUCAAGAAGCUGAAAAUGUUUCAUGUCCCUCUAUUUUGCCUGGAACAGAGAAAAGGGAAGUCUCAAAGUUACCGUCCCUAACAAAGGUGGUCACAGGGUCAGCGGUAGCACCAGAGCCUCCUCAGAGCACCACAGAGGAAGAGGAUGAUGAGGAAGAGUCUCACUUCUCUGAGGGACAGGUGAUCGUAGCCAGCUCUCAGUCUACCUCAGACGAAUCAGACAUUUCCGAGGAGAUUCUCGAACAGAUGGAAGACUUGGAGGCGGCCCCAGUGGCAGAGGACGAGGAACAGAGUGAAUCUAUCCUCUCAGACAGUGAUGACUGCAUUGUUCCUGGCCAGUCCUCCAUGGGAUGGAAGCCUUCGGAGCGGGUGCGUGUGGAGAUCGUGUCUCUGAGCCUGAGGCCUGAGUCGCGGGCAGCAGCAGACUGUAGUGUGGUCAGGUUGUUUGUAGAGUACUCCCUGUUGGACAUGCCCUCUGAAGAGACACCACUGUCCCGGCCCAAACCCUUGCCGGGUAUGACCAGCCACUACAACCACAGCAAUGUGAUUCAUGUGGACAAAGAGAACAACAAGUCCAGACGGGAGAUUCUAAGGGGGGUGCUAGAGGGACGCAACCCCCAAAUGGAAAGUAUCAGGUUCACGGUGGUGAGCGAGCCACCAGAGGAGGAGGAGCAGGAGAAAGAGUGUGAAGAUGUAGGCGUGGCCUUCUUCAGGAUCCCUGACAUCCUGGAGCAACAGCAAGACCUGAUUGAGACAAGCCUGAACAUUGUAGAUGUGCAGGACAGCAGUGUGGUGGUGGGCAGUCUGUGUGUGUCUGUAGAGGGACUGGAGGCACUACAGUCUAUCAUGGAGGAUGCAGACCAUGACUACACGCCCCUCUCCUCACUGGAACAAAAGGCAGAGGGUUAACUCGCAACGGACAUUUUACUAGUGUGAACGACUUGGGUGUUUAGCCUUGCACACCACAAGACUGCGUCAGCUCAUUGAGCUAAAGCCUAGGCAUUAGCUAGCACAAGUCUUCUGGUCUCAGACAAGGUUACUCAUCACAUAAAAAUGCUUCACCAAAUCACAGCUGUGACACUAGAAAUCAGUGGAGGCUGGUGGGCGGCGCUAUAGGAGGACGGGCUCAUUGUAAUGGAUGGAACGGAGUCAAACUUGUGGUUUCCAUAUAUUUGAUUUAAUUCAAUUCCAGCAUCUACAGUGAGCCUGUCCUGCUAUAGCUCCUCCCACCAGCCGACCGCUAGAAAUACAUUUUACUGCUGCUUACACAAGCAUUCAUCACUUCACUUAUUUCUUCCCGGGAGCUACAAGAAGUCAAACUUGGAAUGUGUAAUGGCUAAUGUGGUCUAUGGACACACUUUUCUAUGUUCUGAUACUGUUAUGUUUGCAAAUGAGUCAAUUGCAAAUUAUACUGUAUUUAUGUAAUGUAUUUAGGUAAUGUAUUUUAUUUAUAUAUUUUUAUAGUUGAAAGGGAUUAUUUUUAUGAGGCAGUAUGGCACGCCAUGUCAGUGGCGUGAUGUGUGAAAUUGUUGGUAAAAAACGGUGUAUUUAUAUGGCCUUGUGACAUUGGCUCUGGUUAUAAUUGGAUAAUUAGCACGAACCAGGAGUAAUGUACGGACUGUGAAAACGUGUACCUCAAAAAUAUAUUUUAUAUCUGAAAUGAGGGUGUUCAGUAGAGUUAUAGAAUGUCCAAAGCAUUGAGAAAGAUCUUAUUUUUACCUGUGUUAGAAUAAUAAAGAGUUUAGUUUCUAAAUGACCUUA